UCUGCCCUACCGAGAUUUGUUUUUAGCAUAGCUGGGACACACAAGUGAAAUUGAACUCAACGGAGAACAAGAAGUUUAAGAUAAUUUUAUCCGAGAAGUACUUUUCUACAAAGAUUCGUGCAAAGAUAUUGCGUUUUACCAUCUUCCAUGCUCUGAAGUGUAUGUGGUGCUAUGCCAGUGCACCGUGACCGAGAGAAGAAAGAGAGUACAGCUGAAGAGAUGGAGGUGGAGGAACACGAGCAAGAGGCAUCUAGCUCAGAUGAGGAGGAUUCUGACACCUCUUCUGUCUCUGAAGAUGGAGAUAGCUCUGAAAUGGAUGAGGAGGACUGUGAACGGAGGAGAAUGGAGUGUUUGGAUGAAAUGUCUAACUUGGAAAAACAGUUCACCGAUCUCAAAGACCAUUUGUACCGAGAGCGACUCAGUCAGAUGAACAGCAAGUUGGCUGAGGUGGAGGCGGGCAGGGCAGCAGAAUAUCUUGAGCCUUUGGCAGUGCUGCUGGAGAACAUGCAGGUCCGCACUAAGGUAGCAGGUAUCUAUAGAGAGUUGUGUCUUGAGUCUGUAAAGAACAAGUAUGAUUGUGAGAUCCAGGCAGCUUGCCAACACUGGGAGAGUGAGAAGCUGCUAUUGUUUGAUACAGUACAGAGUGAACUGGAGGAGAAAAUUAGAAGACUGGAGGAGGACAGACACAGCAUAGAUAUUACAUCAGAGCUGUGGAAUGACGAGUUGUCGGGGAGGAAGAAGAGGCGAGACGCUUUAAGUCCAGACAAGAAGAGGAGACGACCUUCUGUGGUGUCUGGUCCAUAUAUUGUCUAUAUGCUGCCUGAUCUGGACAUCCUGGAGGACUGGACAGCUAUCAGAAAGGCUGUAGCUACAUUGGGUCCCCACAGAGGGAAGGCAGACUCUGAAAGCUCCAUGUUCCCGUUCAGAUCUGACAGAAACAGGCCAACUCUCAAUUGCUGAGGCACCCAUAUACACAUCAACAAGCACACAGACCUCAAAAACAUGCUACACAUGCAUAUGUACAUUUGACCCAUAUUAUCUGAACCCCAUCCACAGUUUACAGUGACCACAACUCUGCCUUUGAAUGACACCAGUUGGUAAGCUGCCUCUUGUGCCAACAGUCAUGCACAAUGAGGACUUGCAGGUUCGAACAUGGAUGAAAACGUUACUGAUACGGUCAGAUAGAUACUGCUGCUUCAUUUUAGACUCAGGCGCUAUAGAAGCUUUCAACCAAUGCAGGUUCUCUUGCAGUUUUACGACAGAAUCUUUCAUGUCACUCAUUUUCAGCACCUUCCAUAUAACUUUGAUGUCAAACUUCACCCCAGAUUUUGUAUUCUUUUAAUGGUAUAAAAGCAGUGAUGCAAAAUUUAAAGCAUUGUGAUAGUUAUGGUAGUUAUUAGGUUAGUUAAAAUCUCCAAGCAAUGAAUAAGGAUGCACAAAUCUGCUAUUUAUAAUUUCAUGCAUUUACAUUUUUAGAAAUGCAUGAUAAAUAAUUCCAGCUACUCACGUUAACAUCCUUUGAAGAGAAGCUAGAUUUUAAUCUUGAAAUCAUUACAUACAAAUGGUUGUUUUAUACCAGAAAUUUACCUUCUUUUUGACAAACGCUCACAAAUGUUUAGUAUAUUAAGACCUUUACCUGUAGUACUUGUUCUGAUUUCAAAAGUGAUCUCUUUGUUGACUCAUUAAAACCCUUUUCAGAAAAAUUAAACUUGAGAAAACUCAGAUUGUGCAAACCAGGAAAUCAGUCAUUUUGAGCCCAAUGAAAACAUGAAAGACAUUUCACACAUUCAACAUCGUGUAUAGCUGUAAAAAUAAGAUUUUCAGUCCUAGGACUUGAGGGUUAUUAUUGAGUUCUGCUUUAGCUGUGAAGCUGUUCUUUUGUGACAUUACAUUUUUUUUUUAUUUUUGUACCUUUAUCAUAUGUAUCAGGCAAUUAUUUUAUGCUUAAAAUUGUCAAAUUAUGAUCAUACUUGUUAUUUUUACAGCUUUCUUUUACUUUACAGUGUGUAAUUGGUAAGAGGACAUGUGACAAAGUUUAGUCAAUACCUCUGACUUCCUGUAGAAUCAGGGAACAAUUUUUACCACUUACACCGCUGGUAGCAGGAAAUGGUGAUUUAAAAACAGCUAAAAUAGCUGCAUUCAGUGUUCAUUAACAUGGCCAUUUGAUUCUUUUUUUCUGCACAACUUGUUUUCAUGAGGAUGUUCAAGUAGAAUUAAAUAUUUGUCUUUGUAUUUACCACUACAUCCCUGCAGUGAAAGUAACCAGAUGAACAGGAUUUCAUUAACUCGAGGGCCGAUUAGAAUGAAAUCAGCAUAUGAACAGGUAAAAUGCAAAAGUUGCAUUGUGUAAUUUUACAUCUACCUCUUCUCCAUGUCACUUGGUCUUUGAAAUACAAACCAAGUUUGCAUCAAUAUCUAUGAACAGGUACAUUAUGAUCAUCCCACAAACUGGGUUUUGUUAAUUUUGUUUGUUACUGGUGUAUGUUCAGAAUUGUAAGCAACAUCGGCUUUCCAGUGACAAUUGUGUUUUUUGAGGAUUCAGGUGGUGGGCAUGGUUAGUAUUCGAAUGGACUUGUUUUUUUAUUUAUGUUAAUGUACCGGGCAUAUGUAUUUCUUUUCUUGUUAAUUCUGUGGAUGGGUUUUACAAUUAAAAGUUGUUUUAUAAGCUUUUGUAGUGUCUUUGAUGACAGUUUUAGCAGUGACAGCACUGCCAGGAAUCCUAAAGGUAAAUACACU